GGGAUACAGAAAAACAUCCUGGGGUGGAGCCUUAAUCCGAAUUGAGCCUAGUGGCGCUUGGUGGUUGAGGGUGAUUUUUUUUUCCAGUUUCUGUCCAAAGGGAGGAAAAUUUCACAGAACCAGUUCAUAAGCUCGACUUCACGCUCUCCUCUUUUCCCAGGUGUCGGUUUUUCAGCUUAACAGAGACUCCUGAAGACUAUACCAUCAUGGUGGAUGAAGAUGGCUUCAAAGAACUUCACGCCUCUGAGUACCUACAAGUGGUGGAUUCCACCUGGCUGGUGCUCAACGUCUCAUCUAACGGCAGCGCCUCCCUCAACCAGCCUAUAGGAGUCACCAAGAUUGCGAAAUCUGUCAUCGCACCCUUGGCCGAGCAUAAUGUCUCUGUCUUAAUGCUGUCCACCUACCAGACGGAUUUUAUUUUGGUCCGGGAGAAGGAUCUGCCCGUGGUCAUCCACACCUUGGCCAGCGAAUUUGAAAUUUAUAAGGAGGAGAAUGGAGAACUGGCCCCUGCAAACUGUGAAGACAUCAGCAACGGGUUCCACAAGGCAAAGCAAGAGUUCAACGCCACAGUCCAUCCCGUUCAGACUCCUCAAAACAGAUUCUGCAUUCUCAGCAUCGCCCCCGAAACCUUGCCAGCCAUCGCCACGAAACUUAUCGAUGUCCUGUUCUAUUCAGCCAGCCCACCCAAAGAUGGAACUGCUAACAACCAGGAGUCCAUUACUUUCUUUGCCUUCUCACUGAUUGAGGGCUACAUCUCCAUUGUCAUGGAUGCAGAGACCAAGAAAAAGUUCCCUAGCGACCUGCUCUUGACCAGUUCCUCAGGAGAACUCUGGAGGAUGGUGAGAAUUGGUGGACAGCCCUUGGGCUUUGAUGAAUGUGGGAUCGUGGCCCAGAUCGCUGAACCACUGGCCAGUGCAGACAUCUCUGCCUAUUACAUCAGCACCUUCAACUUUGACCACGCUUUGGUUCCAGAAGAUGGCAUUGGCGAGGUCAUUGAAGUGCUCCAGAAACGCCAGGAGGCUGGGAGAUAACCACCUGGGCUCCCUUUGUCUCAGGUGUGGGUUGCAGAAGCCAAACUGAUGGAUCUGGUCCAGCCUUACUCCCCAUGGAUGUUCCUGGCGAGAGAGAGAGAGAGAGAGAACAGGGCAGCCCAGCUGCUCUGCAAGCCAAAUUAUCUUUCUGGGGACUCGUAUUUGUGUGGAGGACAUGCCUAACUUUUUCACCUGAAGAUACCUUCCAUUUCUCCCAGGGGAGAAACGUGUGCCUUGUUGUCCCAAUUCUCCAGACUGACCAACGGGGUUCGAAUUCUCUAGGUAGAUUUCAGUAUUACGGCUUCUCCUGGUUUCCUCAGCCGUCUUCGUGGUCCCUGAUUAUCUGCUGUCUCUAGAGAGACCCUCAGAGACAAAUUGCCAUUCAUGAGGACUUGCUUCUUGGUCACGAAGGAGAGGUUUUCUUCUCUUUCUCUCUCUAAUUUUGCACAUCUUCUGAGACUUCUAAAAGCGUCCUUGGGGACAGGGACGAUGUAACUUAAAUUAGAAUUGCAUUCCAUGCCCCGCAAGGAAAGGAUGAUGUUCUCCAGAAACAAUGUUCUCCUGAUGAUUGAUUGAAGGUCUUCAGAAGGUGAUAACCCCAACGUAUUUGGAGACCAAACAGCCCUAGCUUUAGAGUCAGUGCAGUCCCUUUUCAGUGCACAAUGUCAAGAGUAGAAAACACUGGAUUUAAAAAAAAAAACAGGAGCUGUUUGUAGGGAGGGCUGGAGGAAUGAUCAGAAGGAGGAAAGAAAGAACUUUGGACCUCAGUGUCCUUUGUUCUAUGACUGCUAAAAGGAGAUAAAUCAGUGUUUUUUUUGGUGGAGGGGGUGGGUUGCUCCUGCAACUUCCCCUCCUUCUGUUCUCAUGCCGUUGGUGAGCAGUAUUACAUACAACCAACACGAAUGGAUUUGAAGCAUUCGCUGUCAAAUAUUUUGGAGGGACAGGUUGGGAGAAAACGUGGGUUGACAAAGCUCCCUCUCUCCCCCACCCUCCUUUCUGAAGCCUUCAUGCCUUAAAAGUGCCUUCUUGUGACUAACCUUUCUGAAGGACAAACAAUCUUGUAAGCUACGGCCUUAAUCUGGUACGAAAUUACAAUGGCCUGAAGGAUGAAGAACUCACAAAUUUGCACGGAACGUGGGAUGGAAGUCGAGACGUCCUCUGGUUUGUGUUGGGCGACACCCAGGGUGUCUUCCCACCCCAUUGGGGACCUCUUGUGAGGUCUCUUCUUGGGGACCAGUGAGAAGGUUGAGUUUAGAUAUCGCCCCAAACUCCUCCUGCGCGAAAGAGAAGGAUGGCCGUUGCGUAACAACCCUAGUCUUUCUGCUUCUCCCGUUUUCUUAGAUUGCUAUGAAAGGGGGGAGGGUUUGUCCACCCCAUCGGCCAGCCCAAGUCCCCGUGAUUGUAACCUUGAGUUGACUUGAGUUGAAUGUUGACUUCUCAAAAGCAUCGGUAGAAGGUGACCUUCGUAGGUGUCCUCUCACCACUACAGAUUGAUGGGCCUUCCCAGACUUUAGGUUUUCUAGAAAGUUCCUUGAGCCUUCUGCAAAAGUUGAGAGUCAUGAUCCAACAUGGACCAUCAACCAUCUUCUCUUUAAGAGAAGAGAAGAAAUUGGGAACAACAAAAGCUGGCCUGAAACAUAGAUUUGUGGAGUUGCUCAGGAAAGACACAGGGCGCACUGUUCACAUCGGUGGCCUGUAGCCACCCUGAUCUUAAUUUGUAUUUGUUGGUGCUAAACUAGGCUAAGAAGUUGUGCUCCUUCUCUGCAGUCCUCAAAUGGAAGCCUUUCUUUUAGCUGUGGCUAGGAUUCAGGUUUCUUUAUAAAGUUCUGUAUAAUUUGUUGGUUUGUUUUUUGCAUAGUUUUAAAUUUUUCUCAAUAAAGGUCAUUU